UUAUAAUUUACAAAUUAACCCAUAUUUAAAAGAAAUACGAAUCCGUUAUCCGAAUUUUCUGGAUCAAAUAUCGUGUUUACAGUUUUCAUCGUAACCCACUUGGCGGGAUAAUUCCGAGUCAAGAAAAAUCAAGAAGUGUAUGUCCCAAGUAGUGUAAAUGUUAAAAAGUGCAUUUUUAUCAGUGUUUAGUGCAUUCAAGAAAGAAGUACUCACCUGUGGCUAUAGUCAUUCCUUUCGUGGUAACUUAUCAGAAAUGGAAGGGGUGAUAACUACUAUAUCCGGUCAAAAACGUCCAGCGGCCAGUCCCACGAUGUCGCCCUCGAAAAAGACCAAUUUCGUUGGAAUUUCGCCUCUCAGGGAACUGACAAACGUUAAAACUCCCACAGAUAGACCUUUCAGAGUGUCGAUUGAGGGUAAUAUUGGCGCAGGCAAAUCCACACUCAUCAAAUACUUUUCUAGUAUGCCCGGCAUCGAAACGUUCGCAGAACCGAUAGAAUGGUGGCGGAACCUCCAGGGGCACAACCUCCUGGAACUCAUGUAUUCCGACAUCCACGAGUGGUUAAAAGUCUUCCAAAGCUACGUCCAAUUCACUCGACUGAGGGUACAAACCACGAAGCCAAAAAGCUCGUCGACGACCGUUCAGAUGUUCGAACGGUCCGUACAAAACAACAGGUUCUGUUUCCUGGAGCAAGCCUACCAAAGCGGGUACUUGCACGGGGCCGAUUACGCCGUCAUGGACCAGUGGUACCGGUGGAUGAGGGCCAACGUAGAUAUCAGCUUGGAUUUGAUAGUUUAUUUGAGGAGCAGUCCGGAAGUGGUGUUUGAAAGGGUAAAGGCCCGGGCUAGGCCGGAAGAGGCGGGUUUGUCCCUGCAGUAUUUGAAGGAGCUUCACGAGAGCCACGAACGUUGGCUCAUGACGAACGACGAACGUUUUAACACCAUCCCGGUGCUUGUUCUCGAUGCGGACAAAACGUUGGACGAGAUCGUGGAACAAUAUAAGAAAAAUGAGAACAAAAUAUUGGGCUUCGAGAAGACCGGGAGGAUGAAAGUGGAGCAAGGAGAUAAGGACAAAGUAAAGAAGACGUUGAGUUUGUGACUGUUGAUGAACUAGUUGUGGCGAAAGCUGAAAUAAAUUUUUUUUGUCUGUUAUUAGAAAGCAGUAAUUUUACUAACAAACAAUGAUUGUUCACUAAAAGUGCCUAUAUUUUGUGUUAUAAAGGGCCUAUACCAAAUGUAUACCUAAUAAAUAAUGAUUAAAUUUA